AUGGCGGAGCUACGACACCGAUCAGGGAAAACCGCUCCCCGCUUGGCUGAGGAUGUCUUCCUCUACGACUCUGCGAAUCCUCCAUACACAGGCCGCAACCUACUUUCACAAGUUCCCCCAGUGUACGAAGAGAAUUACAAUGGACCCGCAGAGUACAUAUCAGGAGUUGCAUGCCAGCAUGACUAUGUGACGAAGUCUGAUCAGACCCACCUUUCUCAGUCAGAAGAGCCUGGUAGAGCGGGGACUUCCAAGGUAUCUGCAGUAUGCUCCAAAUGUCGUUAUCAUCUACAGGUUGUUGUGAACACCUCAAAUACCGUGGACCCUACAAAAAAUAGAGUUGCAUGGCAUGUUCAUCAUUUAGUUUACCAGGGUGGGCGGGAACGAAAUGCUUGGGACAUACCAGAGACCAUGGAAACCGGGCAGAUAGCUGAGACUUUCCACUACCGAUGCUCACAUGAUAAAUGCGCUGUAACUGUGUCGUUACGAAUUAUGUCACCGAUCAUUAAUCCCGAAUUGGCUUUGUUACUCACAGAUGUAGCUGUCAUUCAAAGCCGAGCGCAGGAAGCAAUCGCAUCCCAACCUGAACGACUUGAAGGGGUAGCAAUCCCUCUUCCAAUUACGGUGUUGGAUAACUUGCGGCUCUACCUUACGAAUGCACUUCAUCACCCUGAACUAAGAAAGUCUAUCACUCAAGGUAACAAGCGUUUUAUGGUCUCGUUUGGAAACGAUGGCGCCUGGAAACCACCUCAGCCGGAUUCCAAGGCCUCUGUGCCCUACCAAGACACGACAUGUAUCUUUUUGGACGACGUAAUCCACGAACUGAUUUGUUUAAUCAACCAACGGCCUGCAUCAGAGCGCCGAGGAAUGCAGCUUCCACCACUCCCAUCAUCUGCAAAAAACGAUAUCUAUUUUGCUUUAGAUGCAUCGGACUGUUUCUUCUACGAAGAUCUUGGUGCAGUGGAGGACAUGUCUGUCUCGAUGAUUAUCGAUUGUUAUCAUCGCCAAGUGGCCGAGGACCCCGGUCGAGCCCCUUUCUACUUAGGUUGCCUCAAAGGGAUAAGUAUGGUCCGUGGUGGUGAAGAUUUUGAAAUAAUUGACCAGGCUGUCACCCAAGCCUAUUCGGAAGGAAGAUACACGGCCGAUGAUGUGCAAGAAGCCUAUCGAUAUUUUGGGCUCAACUACAAUAACCCAGAAUUAACUGAAGAUACCAUCAUCGGCAAUUUCUAUGCCUUCCUCAGCUCGACGAAUCAGGAAGCAGAGGCUCGGCGUCACCUUUGGAUAAUCAGUCAAGAUUUUAGAAGUGAGCGGAUCAGGGCAGCCGCCGAAGACCACCAUUUUAUCAAAACUGGGGAGACUAUUACUGGGGAAAUGGAUGUUGGAGAUGCAUAUCGUAUGCUACAGAUCCCUGAUAGAACUGCAGACGAAGAAGCUGUCAUGGCAGCGUACACGAUCUGUCUGGAUGAAAAUCCCAGCCAUGCAGAAAUUUACAACCGGGCUCUUCUUAUACUUGCCAAGGAGAUGAAUAGCGCGAUGUUGUUGAGUAUGACUGGUUCUGGUGGGGAAUCGGAACGAAACCUGUCUGAAUGGCCGGUUGGUUUGCAGAAUAUUGGCAAUACAUGUUACCUGAACAGUCUUCUGCAGUUCUACUUCUCCGUCAAGCCAUACAGGGAUUUGGUUCUGCACGUUGAGAAGCACCAAAUGGACAUGAGCAAUAUCACGAGCGUUGUGGAGAAAAAAGUGGGAUCUCGCAAGGUGACUGGGAAAGAGAUUGAAAGGUCUCUUCGAUUUCUUCAGGAGCUCGGGGUCUUGUUUCGUGAUAUGAUAACAUCUCCAAAUUCCUCGGUCACGCCUAGCAAAGAGCUCGCUCGAUUAACUCUCAUAGGUCCAAACAACGAAGCGGCAAUUCGUCGACGCUCCACUAUCAACGCUUCCAAAGUGCAUGGUCUCGGCGAUAUUAACGGUGCCCCUGUAUUAGGUCCUCUUGGGCCUCCUCAACCCAUCGCCGAAGAGUCAACAGAGCUCACGCCGACAAAUCAGGCCACUAAAACCGUUGGAAUGAGCGAUGCGGGAAGUGAUGCAACGUUGGUUUCUGACACUAACAUCAUGGAUACGCCUGUGCCAAACAUGACCUCUGCACCAAUUGCUGCUGAAGGAGCAAGUGAACCAGUCGACAGCAUUUCACCAACCCAACCUGAACCUCCCAACCGACCUCCACCCGUGCCUCCGCGGCCUAAUCCCGAGCCGGACCGUAAAGAACAGCUAAUUGAAGAAGUGGAAAUUGGUGCGCAGCAGGAUGUCACAGAGGUCAUCAACAAUGUGCUCUUCCAAAGCCAGUGUGCCAUUCAACCUCGAGGGGCCGAUUCGGAUGGUGAACAGCUUGACCAGGUUAAAGAUUUAUUCUACGGCCAAACUCGAUCUUACAUCUCCACUUCUAAAGGUACACGUUCUAAAGAGGAACGUUGGUGUGACAUUAAAGUCGCUGUGGCCGACGGAGGUGGAGACAUUUACGAUGCCUUGGACGGGGCUUUUGAUGUCCAGAAGAUCAGUGUGGAGAAUACCGAAGCGGAACAGUACGGUGCCAUUACCCGUCCUCCUCCAAUUCUCCAGGUCCAGGUGCAGCGAGUACAGUUUGACCCUGCAUUCAUGCAAAAGAGACGGCAAUGCUGGGAAUGGAAGAACAACCUUGCCGGUCUUGAAGCUCGCCGGGCAGAAUUACUUGGGACACAGGGAAAAGAAAAGAAGGGUAUUCCUACUUCAAAGCUCUUCCGUGAAGCAAAGACACAGCUCGAGGAACUCCAGGCUACGUACUCGGAUGAGCCUUCUGAUAUAGAAGCAAAUUUAGGGAUCAGCUCGGACCUUAUACAAGAGCUUCAGGAACUUUCCGACGGCACAGAACAGGAAUUACAGUUUAUUGAGACGGAAAUCCAAACUACCAAGACGAACAUUUCCCAGCAGUUCGCCGACUCACAAAAGCUUCCAUACAGACUCUACGCAGCCUUUAUUCACCGUGGAUCUGUUUCAUUUGGUCACUACUGGAUUUACAUUUACGACUUCCGAAAGAACAUCUGGCGCAAGUAUAAUGAUGAAUAUGUGACCGAGGUUCAAAAUCUGGACGAGAUUUUCAACGACCCCAAUGACACUACUCCGCCUACUCCUUACUUCCUUGUCUACCUUCACCAGUCCAAGAUAGAUAUUUUGGCUGACCCUGUCAGUCGUGACAUCGCGUCCAACCAAACCGAGACGGAUGCCCCCACUGCCAUGGAGGGUGUUCUCAGCCCCAACCCUCUUGAAUAUGCUCACAUUGAUUAUGCGGCGGAUCAACCAGCACCAUUGGAGCCUGCCGUACAGGAGGAAUCUCAGGAUAUUCUAAUGAAUUAA